AUGACUGUGGAUGUCCGCUCCAACCAAGGCCCGGUGGUCCCAGCACAGUGGCUACGUCAGACGCCAAAAGACACCCCGCUCAAAGAAAUGAGAAGGCGGUUAAGAGAAGAUGGCUAUGUUUAUGUCAAGAACCUCCUCCCAAGAGAGGAUGUGCAGAAAGUUCGCGAGGAGUAUUUUAAACUAUAUGAGCCGACCGGGAUAAUCAAGCCUGGAUCGGCACAUGACGAAGGCAUCUUCAACGAUUCGAGUGAUCCGCUUGAACAUGGCGGGAUAGGAGCUGGAGAACUUCCACCAACGGCUGAGCAGGUACAAGCCAUGAUCGAUGCCCAUACACAGCCGAAGUACCUACAACUUUUGGAACAUCAAGAUCUACGAUCUUUCGUUAAGGGAAUCAUGGAUUGGAAGAAAGAAAUUCUGCUCAAGCGCACCAUGAUCAGACAUAAUGCUCCUCAUGCCCUCAGCACCGGUGUACAUUAUGACAAGCUGUUUCUCCGCAAAGGGGAGGCUGAAUUCCUCACGGCGUGGGUGCCUAUCGGCGAUAUUAGAGCUGACGGCGGAGGCCUGAUGUACCUUGGCGAUUCCGUCAACGUGGGUCGUGAGAUUGAGGCGGAAUUUACCCGUCGCGCCAAAGACUUUUCUGAAGAGGAGCGUCUGAGUGCAUUCAACGUGCACAUGGAAAAAUAUGGACAAUUAUCACAGAAUGCAAAUGAGUUCGGUCGGGUUCACCAAACAAACGGCGGGGAAGGUGAUCGGCACUGGCUUGUGGCUAAUUACGAGGCUGGCGACGUCGUAUUCCACGACCCAUAUAUAGUCCAUGCAAGCAGUAAGAACGAGGGCCACGACGGGCGUAUUCGUGUCAGCACUGACCUCCGAUUUUACGAGGAGGGAAGUGACAUGGAUGACCGAUGGAUGCGAUUAUGGAAACCUGGGGACGGGCUGUAA